AUGUCAAGUCCUUCAACCUCAGUUUCGAAUAAUUUGGUUUCGUCUGGUUCAUUUCACUUUCACAAUUUUGAUCCAAAAGCAAAUGAAGAGAAGAAACGAUUGAAUAGAGAAAUGAUUGCAAAGAAUACACAUAAUGGAAUGGCAUUUAAACCAAGCAAGUAUAUGGUUGAUAUUCAACAUUCGAAUAAUAAUCAAAGACAAGUUUCACCUGCAUCUCCAGUUUCGUAUAGAACAAGCCGAUCAAAUUCUUCUUCGAACAAGUCUGCUGCUAAAACGAUUAGCAAUUCUCAUUCAUCGAUUUCCAAACAACACAAGCUACUUUCGAAUAAUCACCAAUACUCUAAGAGUAGAAUCUGUGAGAAACAACUGACCAUUAAUGCUUCUGAAUGGAACUCCAUCAAGCAAUCUAUUGAAUCAAGAAGCAGAAAUGUUUCUAAUUGUUCAAAUUCAAGCACUCUAAGCAAAUCUAGUUGUUACAUUGACAAAAACUCUGUAAAUGGUGAUUAUUCGAAAGGUUUCGUAAAUUGCCCGUCCAACCGUAACUAUUCAAGCAACUACCAAGUCUAUUCUCCUCUGGCUCACUACUCUGAAUACUCUCAAAAUAUAUCACUAAGCAACACAUCAAAUCUGCCAAGUCAAUUAUCAAUCAGCAAAACUAUUCCACUAACCAGUUCAAUAUCACCAAAUAAUGUCCCGUUCACCCGCUCCAUGGCCACUCAUUGUGAAAGAUUACCCUCCAUUCAACAUUUACUUGAAACUAUUCCAAUAACAAAAUUCGAAAGACGAAACAAUAGUCAAUUAAACACAGUUUCAAUAAUUGAAUUGUUGAAACAAUAA